AUAGCAAACUACGCAGAAUGCGAUAUUUUUAAUGCAGAUGAAACGGAAUUGUUUUAUAGAGUUCUACCUGAUAAAACCAUGGCGUUUAAAAAUGAGAUAUGUACUGGAGAAAAAAUUUCAAAAGAACGUUUAACUGUACUCUUGUGUACUAACAUGUUAGGUGAGUUUGAACGGCCACUUUUCAUAGGCAAAGCUAAACGUCCACGAGCCUUCAAAAAAUUGGAUAUUAACAACUUUCCCGUCAAUUGGUUUUGGAACAAAAAAGCCUGGAUGACGAUUGAAAUAAUGACUGAGUGGUUAAUGAAAUUUGAUAACAGAAUGGGUCAAAAUAAAAGAAAAUUUUUACUCUUUUUAGACAACGCGGCUCCUCAUCCACAUUUAAAAAUGAAAAAUAUUGAAAUUGUGUUUUUUCCACCUAACAUGACUUCUCAUUGCCAACCGCUUGACCAAGGAGUGUACUCAUUAGCAAGCUAUCUGGGUGUUGUCAAAUAUUUUUACUCUGAGACCAAUUCCUGUUGGAAAUUUUUCGCAGAGCGGCAACUAGAGCCGUCAGUUACCGCAUUCCCAGGACUAGUAAAUUUCCACCACGAGGACACAGUCACCGAAGUCGUAUUCCCGGAACUAGGCACCAAGGACACACUAUUGGAUAAAGCAGUCCUCGCGUCCUUUGUCAUUCAUUUUUCAUUUGUAGCGUCUUUACUUUUCCAUAUUUACAUUCUACUAUAA